CCAGGCACGCCCCUACCUACAGCAGCUAUCUCCGAUGCCACCGCGCGGAAGGACACUGUUUACACACGACAGUCCCUAGAUCGGGUAGCGCCACUUCCGCCCGCCUCUACUUCCGCCUGGAGGGCGGCCGAAAACAACCAAUCGCGGCGCGUAGCGGUCUGGCAAGCCCCGCCUCUGGACUCCGGCGCGUCUCGAGUGGACGCGGGAAUUCGCGAACGCCCCAAGGCGCAGAGGCUGGCCCAGUAACCUAGUCCCCGCAAGGCCAAGUACUGAAGGUUCCACGUCAUCCGGUCUCUCCCGAGCGCCCCUCCUUUCUGUGGCCUUCACUGGGUUCUCUCCACAACACAACCGCAUCGCCUUUUCCCAGCAGGAAAGCAUCUUCCACCCUUGAUGCCCAUUGCUUAUUCCAGGAGCAGCUCGCCUGUCCCCAGACUCACAGAUCCCGGCUCCCCCCAAGACUCCAGCUCCCCUCAACAGGUGUAGGGGGAUCCGCUCAUCUAUAAAGACUUCCGCGGGGACAGUGGUGGUCGUGAUGUGGCGGAGCUCUUCUACCGGAAGCUGACGGGACUGCCUGGAGGCGAGUCCCCGGUUGUCAUGUAUCACGAUGAUCGUCAUUUCAUUCACAUCAGACACAGUGGUCUCUAUUUGGUGGCCACAACCUCAGAAAACGUCUCUCCUUUCAGCCUCCUGGAGCUGCUUUCCCGGCUAGCCACUCUCUUGGGUGACUACUGUGGCUCACUCAAUGAGGGAACUAUCUCACGGAAUGUGGCGCUUGUCUAUGAACUCCUGGAUGAAGUGCUGGAUUAUGGCUAUGUGCAGACCACAUCAACAGAAAUGCUGAGGAACUUCAUCCAGACUGAAGCCGUGGUCAGCAAGCCUUUCAGUCUCUUUGACCUCAGCAGUGUUGGAUUGUUUGGGGCAGAGACACAGCAGAACAGAGUGGCCCCAAGCAGUGCAGCUAGCCGCCCCGUCUUGUCCAGUCGUUCUGACCAGAGCCAAAAGAAUGAGGUAUUUUUGGAUGUGGUCGAGAGACUGUCUGUGCUGAUUGCAUCUAAUGGUUCGUUGUUGAAGGUAGAUGUCCAAGGAGAGAUACGGCUCAAGAGCUUCCUUCCCAGUGGUUCUGAGAUAUGUAUUGGCUUGACAGAAGAAUUUUGUGUUGGAAAGUCAGAACUGAGAGGUUAUGGGCCAGGGAUUCGAGUUGAUGAGGUGUCAUUCCAUAGCUCUGUCAAUCUAGAUGAGUUUGAGUCUCAUCGGAUCCUCCACCUGCAGCCACCUCAGGGCGAGCUGACUGUGAUGAGAUACCAGCUCUCUGAUGACCUCCCCUCACCACUCCCCUUCCGGCUCUUUCCCUCUGUACAGUGGGACCAAGGCUCAGGCCGGCUCCAGGUUUACCUGAAGUUACGGUGUGACCUGCCCCCAAAGAGCCAAGCUCUCAACAUUCGUCUGCACCUUCCCCUGCCCCGAGGGGUCAUCAGCAUGUCUCAGGAACUGAGCAGCCCAGAUCAGAAGGCAGAGCUGGGAGAAGGAGCCCUUCACUGGGACCUGCCCCGGGUACAAGGAGGCUCUCAACUCUCCGGCCUUUUCCAGAUGGAUGUCCCUGGCUCGCAGGGACUUCCCAGCCAUGGGCCUUCUCCCUCAGCAUCCCCCUUGGGGCUGGGUCCUGCCAGCCUCUCCUUUGAACUCCCUCGGCACACAUGCUCUGGUCUCCAGGUUCGAUUCCUCAGACUGUCCUUUAGCGCCUGUGGUAAUGCCAACCCUCACAAGUGGGUUCGACAUCUAAGCCACAGCAACGCCUAUGUAAUUCGGAUUUGAAGCUCCCCAAACAAGGAUAUGGACAGCAACAUCAGCACGCAGUUGAAUGGGAAGAGGACAUUUUCUUCUGUGUGCCUUUGGAUCUGGACAGGAAGGUUCCACGGACACAGGGAGGCUCACAAACUUACAAAUCCAACUUUUAUUCUGAGGAAUUUACUGUACAGUAUCUAAAAAGAAAGUCACUGGGGAAAA